AUGGGCGACGGGAAGCAACCAAAAUCUUCGAGGCUGCGUUCACUUUUCCGGCGAAAAAAAGAACCAAGUUCUCAAGAAAACAUUCACCAGUCAAGUAACGCAACACUAAACAUAGAAGAGCCACCUAUCAAAGGUGCAGAGACAAUUGAACAAUCCGAUCUGACGGAUUCGUCUCAACCGCCCAACCUAAGGCCGACGAGCAGCGUAGGAGAUAGGCCCGCCAAAUCUUCAGACACAGCAGCCUCAGAGUCCGACCUAUGGUCUCGAGCUUAUCAAGAACUGGACGAAAACUCCCGAAAUUGGAUCCUAGGCACUUCCGAACUCAAACCGGGAAGUGGGAAACAGUGGACCGAGGACCUUAUAACGCUUGUUCGAGAAAGAGAAGAGGAGUAUAAGGGCAGUACUCCGAAGCUCAAGAUAGGUAACCGUGAGAUUAUUUGGAGAGAUUAUGCCAACAAGACAGUAACGUGGUUGGUGACAAUCGGCGAUAUUGCCGUCAACUUCGCUCCCGCGCCGUCUCCCAUUAUCUGGUCUGCCCUCAAAGUAUUCAUGAAGACAAAUGUAGCUCAAUGUGAAGACCUCGUAGCCAUCUUCGGAUGUGCUGAAAAGGUGCUCAGCGUCAUGAGACGGGGUGCAGUGUAUGAGAUAGUGUAUCUUCAAGAUGCGCACCCUAGCGACGCAACAGGAGACCUGAAAGAUGUUCUUUUAAAUCUUUAUAAGGCAUUGCUUCAGCUUCUAAGCCAUGCACUUGAGCGAUUGAAAGAGGGACAAAGACGGCAAUUUCUCCACGCCCUCAUGUCCCCCGGAAAGGGUGCAGAGUUGGUGUCAGCCCUAUCUAACCACGAACACAAGUUAUCAAUGACAGUCCAAGCUUGUGGUGCCGUCAAAUUACAAGAGCAUCACGAUCUUUUGCAAAGUCUUAGCGCACCACUAAGACGCGUUGAUGAGAAUGUGAAAACCUUGGUCGAGCAUCUCCAAGAGAAAAGCCUAGACGGGGCUUUGGACUACAUAAGUGCCAUCCCCAUCGGGGAUCACCAUUUUGAGAAGAGAGAGACUAGAGCGCCCGAGACAUGCGAGUGGCUGUUGAAACACCGGAGGUUUCUUAAAUGGGAAGAGUCAAGCUGUUCUUCGACUCUAUGGCUUCAAGGAAGUAUUGGCGCAGGGAAAUCCUAUCUUACUUCUAAAGUUAUUGACCGCUAUGUCUUUGACAAAGAAGCGCAAGGUAAAAACGACGAAGGGUUUGCCUAUUUUUACUGCAGCCGCUCAGAUACAGCUCGCCGAGAUCCAAAAUCCGUUUACCAAAGCUAUAUUCACCAACUUGCCCAACUAAAUCAUUACCCAACUGGAAUGCACAAGAGCAUCUUCGAUCUAUACCGCAAGGCCAAAAAGGAGCAGAGACAACUUAGCAUCCCCGAAUGCAAAGCAGCGCUGUCCGAACUUCUCAAGUCCUAUCCAAGGACUACCUUGGUACUCGAUGCUCUUGACGAAUGCGAAGUAGAAGCUAGGAAAGAUAUUAUUCUUGUUCUGCGCAGCCUUGCUACGGAUGCUGAGCGCCCAGUCAAGGUUUACAUCGCUAGUCGCAGAGAACCUGACAUUGAAAGAAGUCUGGGCUCUGAAAGUUUAAUCGAGAUUGGCACCUCCGAUAAUAAGGGCGAUAUCGAAAAGUACAUUGAACAAGAGAUGACACGAUUUGGUGAAGAAUGGGAAUCGGUUUCACAAGGCGUCAGAGAAGAGGUCAAGCGCACGAUUACCGACCAAAGUGAUGGGAUGUUCAGAUGGGCAUAUCUCCAGUGGGAGCAGCUCAAAAGAUUUAAAACCGACCAAAGUAUACUUGAGAGACUGGGGAAGCUCCCCGGGAGUCUUGAGCACGCUUAUGAUGAGAUUUAUUCCCAGAAUGAAGGAUAUGAGUUGGUCAUUUUGCAGCGAGCGACUAAAUGGGUCUUAUGCGCUGCAGAGCCACUUUCCAACGAUGUGCUUCUGUGGGCGAUUCGACUGGAAACUCAGACAGACGACAAGGCUGAAGCAGCCCUUAGACUAUCAAGUCCUAUCACACAAUCUACACUGGAGUCAAUCUGCCGCAAUUUGGUUGUCAGAGAUUCUAAGCUGGGUGUGUGGAAAUUCCCCCAUGCGUCAGCCGCAGAAUAUUUUGAGGGCAAACACAAGGACUGGACGACCAGGGCACACGAAGAUGUGGCAAUCUUGCUGAUUUCUUAUUUGAUCGACUGCUACUCGGAAUGGAGAAUACCACUUUGGAACGAGAGUAGGAAUCUACCAUUAGGUGCAGUAGACCUUGAUGACUAUCUCAACUUUGAACAUCCACUUCAAGAUUAUGCAAGGAGGUUUUGGGUGUGGCAUGCGCGCAGUGCUGCAGACCACCACCGAGUAUCACCGGUUUUGAAACGAUUUCUAGGAGCGGCGGGACCGCAGAAAUCUUCAAGCCAACAGUAUCAAGCAUGGUGCCAACACGUUAACGUUAAUAUAAGAAUUGGACCUGGAAAUUUGUAUUCCUAUGAUCUAUUUCCAGCAGAAAUAUCCAUUUUUGGGAUUUGUGCCUUGGGCCUUCACACUUUGCUUGAAGGCUGGUGGGAUAAAGAUAUCGACGUGUUGAUGGUUAAUAGCAGAGGAAUGGAUUUGCUCUCAAUUGCUGCCAAAUAUGGCCACCGCAGUCUCUGCUCGGAUCUUGUCAACCACGGAAGCGAUAUCAACAGAACCUUGGAAAGCUACCUAGGGAGUGCGCUAGCUGAGGCCCUUGAUAGCAAACAGGUUGAAACAGCGACAUUCUUGCUAGCUAAAGGCUGCAACCCUGACAACUACCCAAAGGGUCAAAGUUAUCUUUGUUUUGCUGCUGAGCAUGUAGAGCAGCUGGUCGAAAUACUUCUCAAAGCAGGAGCGGAUCCAAAUAUCCAGUGCCGGCUUUGCAUGUUUGGUUGCGCCUUAGAGGCAGCUGCCUAUCGGGGAACGGUCGACUCGGUGAAGGCGCUCAUAAAAUGCGGGGCAGAUGUUAAUCUCGCAACUGCAACUAGAGGGGUAGCUUUCGGAAGUCCUCUAGCAGCAGCCGCGUAUGGAAGAUCGCUGGAGUGCUGCGUCAAGCUUCUCAUAGAGCAUGGUGCAAAUGUGAAUGCACAAGUGAAUGACGGAAAUUACGGCAGUGCAUUGGGUGCUGCUCUUUGUGGGUGGCAAGAGGACAUUGAGAUUGUCAUGUACUUGGUUGAAGAAGCAGGGGCAGACGUCAGCAUUCUAUCCUCAUGCCCAAGGUUACCGAUCGGAAUUCUUCCGAGGACAUACACACUUCCCAAAGCAAGAUAUCUUGUGAAGGGAGGCUACAUUCAGGCCAAUGUUUUUGCUGACCUCGGGCUACAAGUAUAG